GCUUUUUAUGAUCAAUAUGAAUAUAUAAUAUUAUAGAUAUAAUAAUGUAAUAAACUAUCAAAAUAAAGAUAAGUGGAGGACUUAUCUCUUAGAUAGUCAGCAAGAAUUCUUUUUCCUUGUUUUGUGCCUUGGCCCUUUCAGUUAGCAUCUCCCUCUUGAGCAGACCACAGUUCCACCAAUGCUUCAGUCUUCAUCCCUGAGGGAUCAAGAAAAUCUAGACCAAAGAAUCAAUAUGGAGCUUGUGGUGCAAGAAUGGCAUGGGACUUCAGCACUUUUGCCUGACUUGCCUAAUUCUAACCACAGCUCAAGUUAUUACAUGUAUACAUUCCCUAUAAAAUCUGGUGGCCAAAGGGGUUCUGUGCACUGAAGCACUGCUUGAUUCGAAGGGGAUGGAUCAGAAACUUGAAUCGGGCAAAGUGUGCGUUACUGGAGCAUCUGGCUUUCUGGCAUCUUGGCUUAUUAAACGACUUCUCUUGUCUGGCUAUCAUGUAACUGGAACUGUUAGAGACCCAGGAAACCAGAAGAAAUUGGCGCAUUUGUGGAGGCUGGAAGGAGCUAGGGAAAGGCUCAGAUUGGUGAAGGCUGAUUUAAUGGAAGAAGGCAGCUUUGAUGAUGCAAUCUUGGGGUGCCAUGGUGUCUUCCACUCUGCUUCUCCUGUACUGAAACCUUUAUCUGAUCCAAAGACAGAAAUCCUGGAACCAGCUGUUGAGGGUACAUUGAAUGUGCUACGUUCGUGCAAGAAAAAUCCAUCUCUAAGGCGUGUGGUUCUCACCUCAUCUUCUACAGCUGUAAGGGUGAGGCCAGAUGAGGAUUUUGACUCCAAUAUACCACUGGAUGAGUCGUCAUGGAGCUCUGUUGAAUUCUGUAAGACACUUCAGAUUUGGUACCCUUUACCGAAAAUUUUAGCUGAGAAGGCAGCAUGGGAUUUCUGCAAAGAAUAUGGGAUUGAUUUGGUAACUGUUCUGCCCUCGUUCGUGAUCGGACAGAGUCUGCCACCAGAUUUAUGUGCUACUGCAUCAGACGUACUUGGCCUGCUUAAAGGGGAAACAGAGAAGUUCAAGUGGCAUGGAAGGAUGGGAUAUGUUCACAUUGAUGAUGUUGCACUUUGCCACAUCUUAGUUUAUGAGCAUGAAAGUGCUAAUGGCCGAUACCUUUGCAGCUCAACAGUUUUGGACAACAAUGAGUUGGCUUCCUUGUUAUCCAAGCAAUAUCCUUCCUUACCUAUCCCCAAAAGGUUUGAGCAACUAGGCAGGCCAAGGUAUGAUUUGAACACCUCAAAGUUGAAGAGUCUAGGGUUCAAGUUCAAGACUAUCCAAGAGAUGUUUGAUGAUUGUAUUGCCUCUUUGGUGGAGCAAGGUCAUCUUACUCAAUCAGUCUAGUUACACUCUCAAAUAUCGUGUUUCGGCAAAGUGUGUUCAUGUUAUCAAUACUUUAUCAAUGAAGUUUUGAGAAUUUUC